UCUGCGUUCAGCGGCGAGCGGACACGGCAGAGCGGGGAGAGACGGACCAGACAGCACCAUGACUGCACCCAGCAACACCUACGAUGUGAUAGUGGUCGGCGGAGGAAUAUCAGGUUUGAGUGCAGCAAAGCUGUUAAAAGCCAAUGGGCUGAGCCCUGUAGUCCUGGAGGCCAGGGAUCGGGUUGGUGGUCGCACCUUCACUGUGCAGAAUAAGGAGACAAAGUGGGUUGAUCUGGGUGGGGCUUACAUCGGACCAACUCAGAACCGCAUCCUCCGUUUGGCCAGAGAGUACGGUGUUCAGACCUACAAAGUCAACGAGCAGGAGAGCCUGGUGCAUUAUGUCAAUGGAAAGUCGUACCCAUUCAAAGGCUCCUUCCCUCCCAUGUGGAACCCCAUCGUCCUGUUGGACUUCAACAACCUGUGGAGGACGAUGGACGAGAUGGGCAAGGAGAUUCCCAGAGAGGCUCCCUGGAGAGCUCCCCAUGCCGAGGAGUGGGACAAGAUGUCCAUGCAGCAGCUCUUUGAGAAAAUCUGCUGGACCAGCACUGUUCGUCGCUUCGCCACACUGUUUGUCAACGUGAACGUGACGUCUGAGCCCCACGAGGUGUCGGCUCUGUGGUUCCUCUGGUACGUGAAGCAGUGCGGAGGAACCAUGAGGAUCUUCUCCACCACAAAUGGAGGACAGGAGAGGAAGUUUGUAGGUGGCUCCAGUCAGAUCAGUGAGGGCAUGGCCAGAGAGCUGGGAGACCGAGUGAAGCUGCAGUCUCCGGUCUACAGCAUCGACCAGAGCGGAGACAUGGUGGUGGUGGAGACGCUGGACAAACAGACCUACACCGCCAAGUACGUGAUCUUGGCCACCCCUCCCGGUCUGAACCUGAAGAUGCACUUUAAGCCUGAGCUGCCGCCACUGAGGAACCAGCUGAUCCACCGCGUCCCCAUGGGCUCCGUCAUCAAGUGCAUGGUCUACUACAAAGAGAACUUCUGGAGGAAAAAGGGUUACUGUGGCAGUAUGGUGAUCGAGGAGGAAGGUGCUCCCAUUGGUCUGACACUGGAUGACACGAAGCCUGACGGAAGUGUGCCCGCCAUUAUGGGAUUCAUCCUCGCCCGCAAGUGCAGAAAGCUAUCAGUCUUGACCAAAGAGGAGAGGCUGAAGAAGAUCUGUGAGAUCUACUCCAGAGUGCUGGGCACAGAGGAGGCUCUGCAUCCGGUGCACUACGAGGAGAAGAACUGGUGUGAAGAGGAGUACUCCGGGGGCUGCUACACGGCAUAUUUCCCCCCAGGAAUCCUUACCCAGUUUGGCAGGGUGCUGAGGGAGCCGGUCGGCAGGUUGUACUUUGCAGGCACAGAGACGGCCACAGAGUGGAGCGGCUACAUGGAGGGGGCGGUGGAGGCUGGAGAGAGAGCAGCCAGAGAGAUCCUGUUUGCUAUGAAAAAAAUCCACCAGAAUCAGAUCUGGCAGUCGGAGCCUCCGUGUUUGGAAGUCCCAGCACUCCCCUUUGUCACCAGCUUCUGGGAGAGAAACUUGCCUUCAGUCAGCGGCCUCUUCAAGUUCAUGGGAAUCUCCACCUUCCUGUCCGUGGCUGCCGCAGCCGGCCUGGUGGCCUACAAGAGGGGCCACCUCCCCCGGAGUUAAACCGCCCACAGCCGUCAGCUCACUCUCACGAGGGCACAUCUCAAUAGACACUGUACUCUUGUUCUUCUAGUGCACUACUUUAUGGCCCAGACUGCAAAGUAGUGAACUAUGUCGGGUAUAGGAUGAUGUAAGAAAGACUGUUCAGCUCACACAAAACACUAACGCACCAUCGCUCUGUGCACUGUCUGUUCACUAAUGAAAGAGAGAGUGAGACAAAGUCAUGGGCUGAUCAGAGGCAAAGAGACGGUAGUUUGAGAGAAGUGAAGACGUUUAGUUUAAAUCUACAUUAAAUCUGAGAUUCAGAUUGUCAAAACCAAUGACGGAAAAAGAACAGAAUCAAUUCUUAAAAUGAAAUAUAUAUAUAUAUAUAUAUAUAUAGAUAUAUGUAUCACUGUCAAUACUCCACACAUUGCCAACGACCCUUACAUUCUUACAUGAGGGUUUAUUAACUCAUCAUGCUUUCUGUUUGUAUGCAUGCGUGUGUGUGUGUGUGUGUGUGUGUCCAGUGUGUCUAAUUACCUCUGCUGAUUUUAGGUGCUAAUUUAUUCUGGCCAAGCAGCUGUAGCUGUUUGAUGAGAUCCAGUAACGUCAGAAUUAAAUAGAGUUGUGCCAUUGCCCGUCACAAAAUCACAGAGGAGGUUCGAGGAUAAGGCUGAGGGUAUUAUAUAUUUUUCUUAAUGUCAACAAAUCCCAUGAAGAGACAAAUCAAUACUUUUAUUUUCUUACUUUAAUGAAGUAGCUAGAGUCUUGUAUAUCUUCUUCCUCUGUGCCACGGAGCUCCGUCGUCGUCCGAAAACUGUCUGAAACACAUCAGUGAGCAGCACUGUUGCACCGGCUGACAUGUUCCUUCAUUAUGAUGAACAUGGGCACUAUUUUAUGUCAGUCCAGCAGGAUAAUAUUUCAAAGUAUGCACAGGAACCAUCCACCCACAUGUGGAGUAACUUUAAUACGUAUGUUCCCACGUACGAGAUUAACAUUAACGUUACAAACACAACACUGCACAGCUUGCACAGCAGUCACUGAUGAGGGUAGCUGCAGCCUCCCGGGGCUCAUCGCUUUGCAAAGCGCGUGGAUCCUGAACCUGUAGCUUGUUUCAAAAGCCUGAAAAAUGCUGAAUUCUAACUACUUUUGCUCACUUAACACACAACAUAAGUAACACAAUAUUGCUAGUAUCACAAUUCAGCGCCAGAAAUGUUCAUCAUACACCGACCGUUUGGCCCGUGACAUGCGCACCAAUCAUCGGCAUCCCAAUGUGUUUGCGUCAUAGUGAGUAGACACAGCCACAAAAUGCAUCUCAGGCACAUUCAUCAGUAAAAAAGAACCCAAAGACAAAGAAAGAUCUGCUUCUUUUGUCUUCUUAUUUUCAAGAUUGGACGAUAAAUCAUUAAAAAAAAGUUUGCACAGUGGGAACAUUUGGGAACAUAUCUGCUACUUCUACAGCAUUUGUGCUACAGUGGUGGUUUCUUGUUCAUAGCGGGGGAUAAGAGAUCUUUCUCCAUCUUAAUCCUGAGUUCUGUUUAACAGGUUAGCCUGGGGCUAUGGAACCUUAUCCAGCAGCCUUGGGCUUUUGUAGGCUGCUAAAGGGCCGGGGCUGAUGCCAAGGUCUAGUUAGCAACUUUAAAAAAAUAUCCAGUGUAAGGUUACGGUUAAGAUCUGAACACAAGCUACACUGACAGAGUGUUCACUCUCUGCUUAACAGCCGCAUCCCGCAUCAGAAAAGUACAGUUAAAACAACCAGAGAGAAAAUAGAACAACAACCAAGAGUCAGGAAGAAGUAAAACCUUAAUUUGACAAAAAAGGGGCUUAUUUAGUAGGUAUAAUCAUUAAAAAAAAUUCAACUCCUGUGGGAGGAUGACUCAAGUCAAUUUUAUUUACAUAUCCAAGAAUCAGACAUUUGCCUGAAAAGGCUUUAGUUUGUUUUAAAUGAAUCCUCUCUUGUGCCACAGAUUCUUCACUAAAGCACCAAACCCACAGCUGAAAAUAGUUCCCAUCAAAAACACUGUUUACUCCUGUUUGAGUCUCAUUUGCUUAAAGUGCCAGCACACAGCUGUUACAGGAAAUAACCCUUUUAAAAAACAAUAUUCUGUAUUUGAGUUUAAAGAUUUACAUCUUCAGCAGGAACAAACGGAAGAGGAGCCGACAGGGAAGUCAGAAGCAUGGGAUUUGUUGACAGUAAAAAGAAAAAUGCGUAAGAAGCCUCAUCCUUCAAUUCAAACUUGUAUUUCGGGGUGAUGUCGUGCUACUAAGCUGCUCUGUUAUCUGUUGGUAAAUGUAAUGGAAGCACUCGAAUGUAUUUUUAUUCAGACUAGAUGACACAAACAUUUUGAUUUACAGAUUUUUGACCGAUAUAUUUUUGUCGUUUCUCAUAAAUCGGAUUAAUGCAAAGGGUCGUGCUGUCGCUGACGAAAAACAGCCCAGUCGCCAGCGGAAAUUGGCAUUGUACGUUUCCGCAAACCAUUUUGCACAUUUCAUAUGUGUUAUAUCAACAUCUCUAAAGUGAUGUAGAAGAUGAGCUGACUCUGUCUGUGAGAUGUGGAGGCGAUGACGGAUGACAUGACGUCUAAUCAAGAUGCCUGCUAAGCAACAAACAACAAAUUUGGUUUUGAUUUAGCGAGUCAUUGCUGUGUCAAGCGGCUUUUUAGGCAAGAAAAGAGGUUGUUUAUUAGCAACUUGUCGCUGUUUUUCUAGCAGAGAUUGUCCCACCCAAAACCCCACACGUUAACCCCAGCACUGAAAUGUGAACUUUAAACAUAUCGGCUACAUAAUAAUGUACAAAUGCAGCAUUGCCAGGUGGGAAAUGUAGGAUUAUCGUACCAGAGACUCAAAAUUAUCAUAUUUUGAGGGAAAUUAUCGAACAUCAGUCAUAACCAAAAUAACAAUCCUACUGAUGCACCAUAGGCAAAUAUAGUCACUCUGGUGUUUACUUUCUUUGGUUUACUUUUUUUACAUUUUCCUUGCUUCUGUUUUUCCUCUUCUUCUUCUGUUUUGAAUCUCAUUCUCGCUUGACUUCCUGACAGGUCCUAGCGCCUCGUGGGGCGGGUACAGUUGACCAUUCAGCCAAUCGUGCUCAUUGUUCAGAGACAAACGUCACCCGUAUCUCACGCUAAGCAAAGUGCGAUUGGCUGGAAACAUGUCACAUGCGAACAGAUGCCUUCAGGGCUCACAAAAAACUCCGGCAUACUGAUUACAACCACACAUUCAUGAAAUGGUCAAAUUAUUGUACAUUUGGCCUUUUUGGGAUUAUUGAUUGUACAUCGUACAGAGGGCCAAAUUAUCAUACAAAUAUGAUAAUUAUCGUACACCUGGCAACGCUGUACAAAUGUAACGUAUCCGUGGUUUGAAGAAAUGUACAAUGCCGACAAUAUUUCUGCCGACUGGGUUAAAAUAUUAUCAUUCCAGUUAUUUUAGAUCCAGGUGGCCGGCCUGCAGCUCCUCUGUGAAGUCCUCGAUUUUAUUGACUUACAUUUUUGCAACUAUCAGAUGUUUUAUUGUAUCGUUUACUUAUAGGGAAACAAAUGAGUUUUAAAUCACACAAGACGUUGCUAAGGAAAGUUUUGAUUUGUUAAAGAGCCUCUUGUUGAAAUAAGGUUAAGACAACAGAUGGUUAGAUGAGGGAUAAUUCCCCGCAGACAUUUGGAGAAACUAAAUUCACAGCUGACUACUCGCAGUAAUCGUAACUGUUGGCCACGUUGCAAGCAACAACAGCAAUCCAUGAUGAGAUGCACUUCGACGUUAGCGUAUAUUAGUCGGAGAAGGAGGCGUGUUUUGUUUCGUUUGUCGUAAUAUGAUCUGAUUUUGAGGUAGACGUGAAGAAAACUAAUCAACACACGUCUGAAUCUUAAAGAGUUCUUGUUAGUGCACGUGUUGAAGGGCAUUGUGCUGUGUGUGCAGCUCUGUGUGCCCACUGAGAGAAUCUGUGUCCCAAAGACUGGUGUGUGUGUGUGUGUGUGUGUGUGUGUGUGUGUGUGUGUGUGUGUGUGUGUGUGUGUGAGUGUAGUUAUCUGUUGUGCCUUAUUGGAAGUCGUAGUGUUUUUGUCAUUUCUCUCUCAAGUGCCUGUGUGACUCUGACACUCUCUGCCCUCGCCCCCCCGUCUCCCCUCCUGCCUGCACUGGAGGUCAGAGGUCAGAUGGACCAGGUCAUUGGUUUAUCAUCAGUAACCAUCACUACACAGGGACCAGCAAAACAACCCCAUGUCCCUCUCAGCAUGUCUGGACUUUUUCAUUUUCUCGCACCCCUCGUAUCACCUGAGUGACGUCCUCAGUACAAACUUGACUCAGGUGUAGAAACACAGUGAAUUAUAGAGCUCAGACUGUUGGGUUGAUCAAACUGCUUUUCUCCAGUGAAGCCAAGUCUGUGUGUUUUGUAUUGUGAUUGCAGUGCUUCACUGUCUGUCUCCUCUUGUUGUGUGAUGUCCUCAUGUCUCUUUAGCUGCUUAACUGACCCCCCUUUCAUCCCAGCACAUGCACUGGAUUUACGCUCGACUCUAGAAGUCAUAACUGGACAAUGAUCACGUUUUAGAAAUUUUCUCAAACAAUUUUCAGUGAACAAACAAAGCCAGCACACUUUGUCCGUCCCUUCAAACUGCAGUACAAGCACCACAACCCAGUCGCCUGGUGAAAAUGUUGGCAUCAGAUGGUUCUGCAAACCAUGGAUAUGCUGCAUUUGUACGUUUCAUACGUGUCAUAUCAUCAUUUCUAGAGUGAUGUAGUAUAUGAGCUGACUGUGUCACUGGGACAUGGAGAGGGUGAUGGUACUGUUCAACCAACAGUCCAACUUGGUACCAACAAACAACAAAACCAGUUGUUUUUUAGUGAGCCAUCGCUGCAUUUCCAGCAGCUUUUGAGGUACCAUGCAAAAGUGUUUUUUAGCAGCUCACUGCUGUGUUUUCAGCGGAUAUUGUGCCACAAAAAGUGGUUGUUUUUUUACAGAAAUGGCACCGCAUUUCCAGCCAGGAUAGUGCCAUGAAAAGCAGUUGGUUUUUAUAGUGACAUUGCUGUGUUUCCAGUGGAGAUUGUGCCACCUUAGACGUCACUGCAUUUCCAGCCAUGAUACUGGCCCUAAAAAUGAUUGGUUUUUUUGUUUUUUUUCACAGUGAUAUCACUGCAUUUCCAGCGUGGAUAAUGGCACCACACGCAUUUUUUUGUGGCUACAUCCCUGGAUUUCCAGCCUAGAUUGUGCCACGAGAAGUGUUUGGUUUUUAAAGAAACAUCACUGCAUUUACAGCCUGGAUGGUGGCACUAUAAGUCUUUUAUUUUUACAGAAACAUCAUUUCCAGCCAAGAUUGCACCCUCAAAAGUUGGUAUUUUAAGCCAGAAAUAAUCUUUUCUUAACUAUAACCAAGAGGCUCUUGUUCUGGUGGAGAUUGUACCAUGAAAAGUUUUUUUCCCUGAGACAUCACUGCAUUUCCAGCCAGGAUUGCCCUCUCAAAAGGAGGUAUUUUAAAUCAAAACAUGAUCUUAUCCUAACCAUAUCCAAGGGCUUUUGUGCCUUAAACUAACCACGCAUUAAUCACAGCGUUAUUUAAAUGUAAAGGUUCAAAGUAUCCACUACAGAAUAACAUGCAAAUGUAACAUACCCAUGGUUUGCAGAAAUGUACAAUGCCAACAUUUAUUCUGGCGAUUGUGUUGAGCACCAUCAGCAGACACGAUGUAUUCAUUAUCUGAUCCUUCUUCAUUGUUUCCUGACCUGAGACUGUUCCUCCGUCCCUCUCGUCCUUUUGUGCAUUCGAGCCUCUUUAACUUCCUGUUCUUUGAUGUCUUUGAUUCCUCAAACAAAGCUGGUGAUAUUUAAAAAGAAAAAAAUGUGAAAUAAAUCUUUUACUCGUC